AUGUCGAUUCCUGCGGUCGUUGCGCUCGCUUGCCCCUCCGUCGUCGCUCUCAAUGAGAGCCAGAUGCUCGCUGCUGCGGCAGCAAUUCCCCCUCGUCAGCUUCGUUCGGGCAGGAUACGGCUCCCAUCAACAUAUUUUCCAAGACGCGUGGUGCUGUCCUCUGCGCCAGUUGAUGAACAGCUAAUUGGUGAGCAACCAGCUGCUGAAGAGUCACUGGAGCAAGAUAGCCUUGCCAUGGAUCAGCAACUCGCCGACUCACUAUUUGUUAGUGACGACGAGAGUCUUGGAGAGGCUGAUAUCCUGCUGGCACCUCCAAUGAUGGCCCCCUCCCCGCCUCCCACGACCCCUCUGUCCGUCCCUCCACCACCUCCUCCUCCUCCUGCCCGGUCUCGUUUGGUGACUCCUGUUCCCGUCAACCUCAUUGCUCCCGCCGAUUCACCCCCUCCUGCCGCCGUCCCUAUACCUGCUAUGCCCCAACGUGCAAACGGUCUGACGCAGGUUCAGUUUGAUUUAGCGCAAUUAGCAGAUCAAGAUCGUGUCCCGUGGCUCUGGUCCUCCAUGGGUAAGACCGAUGAACCAUACCAGCCGCAAGCCGUUGGGAAAUGGUGGUAUGAUUGGGCACGGGAAUUCAAUGGCAGCCAGGCCGUGGUUAGCAAUGUUGGUAGGAUAAUGGAGACUGACCUUGGCAUACAAUUUUUUGGAGAGGAGCGAUGCACUCGCUGCAUCGAAGCUGGCCACCAAUGCUGGGUGUAUACCGACAAGGGUCGUGGGCAGAUCAAAAACCCGGGGAGCGCGUGUGCACGUUGUCGUGCCAAUCCCCACCCAACUAUUGGGUGUAGUCUUGCUCGGCGUCGGCCGAAGCAAAAGUUUCCCCGAGACCCUCCUCCCCCAAAUCGAUUCAUCUUACCUAAGGGGGGAGGUGAGGGCCCUGGCGCCGGGGGAAUGGGCAUGGUUGUGUGA